AUGGAUGAAGAUUUUUCGGUGGUUGUUUUAGCUUCCGAUUUAGGAAUUGAUGCUCGACCAUUCUUAACGAGAACCGAUGAGGUCGAUGAGCAAGAGAACUGGCACGAUUGUCCUCAAUACCUCGGAGACGAAGAUUUCUCCGAUCUCGAUCUUCUUCAGUUCUUUACCGUCCAGGGCUUGGAUAAGUCCGGUAACCGGAUUUUCCGCAUCGUCGGAAAGUAUUUUCCUGCUCGUGUUGUGAGUGCGGAGAGGCUAAAGAAGUAUAUAUUCCAGAAGAUAUGCAAUGAAUGUCCCGAGGGACCCUUCUGCUUGGUUUAUAUGCAUAGCACAGUUCAAAAGGACGACAACUCACCGGGCAUUACCAUUUUAAGAUGGAUUUAUGAGGACCUUCCUUCAGUUAUCAAAGAUAGACUUCAAGUUGUUUACUUCAUCCACCCUGGUCUUCGUUCAAGACUUGUCAUUGCCACUCUUGGUCGCCUUCUUCUAAGUGGAGGACUGUACUGGAAGAUCAAGUAUGUGAGCCGUUUGCAGUACCUCUGGGACGAGAUAAAGAAAGGCGAGGUGGAAAUUCCUGACUUUGUGAAAAACCACGACAAUGUGCUCGAGCAUAGACCAUUAACGGACUAUGGAAUCGAACCGGAUCCUUUCCAAUUAACCGAGGCUCAAUCUUCAUCAUUCUCGCUUAACCGGUACGAGAACAGAUGGGUCUCAUAG